CUUCGAGAUGAAAUUUGUUAUAAUGCAUGGGAGCUCAAAGGGAGUGAUUUAGCUCAGUUUUCAUCCUAGUGUUUUGUUUACGUGGGAGAGGUGGCUUCAUGUCCCUUUCACCGUUGAGAUCCGUUCUCAGUAACUUUCGAAAGCCUGCGUUAGCUUCUCAGUCAUGUAUCAGCCAAUGUCAGUCCAUGUUAUCAUCAAUAUCUGGCAGACAGAAUCAAAAUAUUUCAGUUACUUCGCAUGACGAACAUACUAACUCUAGUAAUGACCAAACUUUUAGUUUCAGAGAUUCAAAACUGGCCCAUGUGGCUAAGUCAAAUUCAGAAGUUAUUCGUGCAUUACUAGUUUUCAAAAUGUGCUCCUUUCCAACACUUGUUAAGUACAACAAAAAGCUUAUGGAUAUUUCCAGGAAAAUAUUUGGAAGGUCGUUGUUCCGGUUAAUAAUGAAGAUGACAUUCUAUGGACAUUUUGUUGCGGGUGAGAAUGAAGCCAGUAUUCAACCAUUAAUUAUGCGUCUCAAGAAGUAUGGAGUGAAGUCAAUACUUGACUAUAGUGUUGAAAAGGACAUACAAGAAGAUGAGGCCGUUCAGAUAGUAAAAAAAAGCUUAAGUGAAGUGUUACAAACCCCCGAAAAACGACCAGAGGCAGCCACUAAACAGUAUCAAAUCAGUGUUCGGUUUGCCAAUCGUACGAAGCAGGUUGUUGGGGCUCGCUCGUACUUCUAUAAGUCUGAAUAUCAGUGCGACCAUAAUAUGGAGACAUUUAUGAAAUGUAUUGAUGUUUCUUCAAAAUACGGUGAAGAUCGUGGUUUUACUGCAAUUAAACUUACAGCACUCGGACGACCCCAACUUUUGCAACAAAUGUCUGACUUUUUAGUGCAAAUGAAACGACUGUUCUUCCUACUUACCAAAGCGGAUAAUGGACAGAAAGGUGGACUUGCAUCGCUUGAUCUAGACAAUUUUCGUAAAAAACUGGAAGCAUUAGGCGUGAAAAUUGCAUAUGAUGAAGAAGUUAAGUGGUUUACUUUGUUGGAUGUCUCUGGAGAUGGUGUUUUAGAUUUACUUGAUUGGAGUCACUUAAAGGCUUUUGAAUACGACCUUGCAAGUCUGUUUAUUCUAAAAAAUAAAAAGACUGGUGAAGUAGAACAGCUUGUACCUACACUUACAACUGAAGGUAUUGAGGAAAUGCGGAAUAUGAUAAAACGUGUCGAUACUUUAGCAAACUAUGCAAAAUCUGUUGGAGUUCGAGUUAUGGUGGAUGCAGAGCAAUCAUAUUUUCAACCUGCUAUAAGAAGAUUGAUUAUAGAAAUGAUGCGUCUAUUUAAUAAAGACAAGGCUGUAAUAUUUGGCACUUACCAGUGUUAUCUGAAGGAAGCACUUGAAUCACUUACCCAAGACUUAAAUCAUGCUGCUACAGAAAACUUUUACUUCGGUGCAAAGUUAGUUAGAGGGGCUUAUAUGGAUCAGGAGCGUGCACGUGCCAAAGAGUUAGGGUACGAAGAUCCAAUUUGUUCAGACUUCAACGCUACAACAGCCAUGUAUGAAUCAUGUCUAGAGGAAGUGUUUAAAGCUAUUAAAAAACGCAGAAGCGGUCAAGUUAGUGUUAUGAUAGCUAGUCAUAAUGAAGAUACCGUUCGAUAUGCUUUAAAAAAAAUGCAUGUAUAUAAUGUAGCACGGGAAGAUCGACUUAUUUGUUUUGGUCAAUUGCUUGGGAUGUGUGAUCAGAUUAGUUUCACAUUAAGUAAGUUAAUCAUUUUUUUGUUUUGAUUGAGAUCAUGAACCGAUUGAUGUUAGACCACCUUUGGAAACCUGGAAGCACUGGACGGCCAUUUCGCCCUAUUAUGGGACUCCUCAGCAGUACGCAACCACGAUCCCUCUCGCAGCUCUCGAACACACGGCCUUCGGUCUCGCGCGCAAACGCUUAACCUACUGGACCACUGAGUCGGCAUCCAAUGGUGAUAGUGUCUAACAUCGACCAAUCCACGAAGUUGCGCGACCAACUUCCAUUGUACUGAGGUAGAUACCUGUCUCUACCCGACAUGGAUUAGCUCCACUGAUCACGGCUUCUCACUAGAACUCCGAGAAUUCCCUCACGAAGCUAGUCACUAGUCAGCACAUGUUGAUAAAAAAAACAAACUUAAUAAUCUCCACAACCCCUAUACUAGUCAAGCUGGCUACUCUGUAUACAAAUAUGUUCCAUAUGGUCCUGUUGAAGAAGUUUUACCAUAUCUAUCUAGACGUGCAUUAGAAAAUGGUUCCGUGUUAAAUUGUACACUUAGAGAACGUCAGCUUUUAUGGUCUGAAUUGAAAAGACGUUUGUCGAAUGGGCAAUUCAUUUAUAAACCAUAGAUUAACUUAUAAACAGGUGUGUGUGUGUAGAAGUUAGUUUUAAUUUUGAUUGUUCUACUUUGCUUCACUUAUUCUUCUCUUACUUAUUUCCUUGAUCUUUCACAUCUUUCUAUUUAUAAUUAUGUGUUAAAAUGUAUGUAUUCGCUUGUGUAGUUCGUAUAUAUUGUUUCUUGCACACUUAUAUUGUUGUAUGAAACAAAAACAAUUUUCUACUACUGUUCGUUUUCUGCUUUCUGUGAAUCCCUUCUAUUCUUUUCACAAAGUUCGAGCUUUUCAACCAAUGUCUUUGGUUCAUUUCUGUCUUACAUUGAAGCAAUCAACUUCAAUGAUCUCACAGCUUCUAUCGAAUAAUAAAUAUGUUGUAACUAACUUUAUUAUACUGGUGAGUCAAUCAGAAUCAAGAUGUAAAUUUUUAGUUUUUGCUCAAAAUAAAAAAAGCAAGUCAUGACAGCAAUAUCUUUACGAAUAAAUUUGCAGAAUAAACCUUUAUUUAGAUAUAAAAUCGCUUACAACUAUUAAGAGAACGCUUUGUAUGGCUUCAUACAGUAAAAAGAAUAUGAAACUAAAGCGAAAUCUAAUUAAUUCCGAGCUGUCCAUUGUAUUCAGUGCUUUCCCUCGGAUCUGCAGGCCUUCAUAAUCCAGUUGACCACCAGAAGAAAGAUGAGAGUAAGCAGCGUUCUCUGGUUUUGGUUUUCACAUGGAAUGCAUCUGUCAGCUAUUUUCCAUGCACGACGUUGCACUGUAGUCUGUCGUAUGAAUGCCGUAUCAUAUUGACGAUC